AUGGAAAGCAUUGAUAUUAAUUCGGCACAUGGUCUACGUGAGGAAAUCAAAGCUUUAGCCAAUGAAAUACAAACUCUGAAAAAUAUGAAAGAGAAUGAAGACUUGAUUAAAAGAAAUAUAGUGGCCAUGGUUGAGAAGAAGCCUUUGGCGAACCAUGAAUCUCAAAGGAAAUUUGAAAUUCGAUGUCCAAGGGGUACUCGUGAUUACGGGCCUCAAGAUAUGACAUUGCGAAGACAAGUAUUAGAUGUAGUUACAGAAUGCUUUAGACGCCAUGGUGGUGUUACCAUUGAUACACCUGUGUUCGAGUUACGUGAUAUCUUGAUGGGAAAGUAUGGUGAGGAAGGUGGGAAAUUAGUUUAUGACUUGUCUGAUCAAGGAGGUGAACUUCUUAGUCUGCGCUACGACCUCACGGUACCCUUUGCUCGUUAUCUUGCUAUGAAUAAAACCAUUAUGUAUCUAAAACGGUAUCAUAUUGGGAAAGUUUAUCGAAGAGACAAUCCUUCCAGAGGACGCUUUCGAGAAUUUUAUCAGUGUGAUUUUGAUAUUGCUGGUUCUUACGACUUGAUGAUUCCGGAAGCCGAAUUGUUAAGAAUUAUUAGUGAAAUACUAAAUGCAUUAGAUGUUGGUACAUUUGAAAUUAAAGUAAACCAUAAAUUACUACUUGAUGGUAUGUUUGCUGUUUGCGAUGUACCGAAAAAGCUUUAUAAAGCGGUAUAUUCGUCGAUUGAUAAAUUAGACAAACUCCCGUGGGAAGAUAUCAAAAAUGAAUUGUGUAAUGAGAAACAUAUUCAUUGUGAUGUAGCCAGCAAACUGGAAACAUUUGUACGUUUACGAGAACAUAACAGCAGCUUAACAAAUUUGGAUUUAUUAAACUGGUUUGAAAAAGAUGAAACGACAUCGCAAAAUAAUGAUAUACAAAAAGCUGUAUCUGAAAUGAAACAACUUUUGGAAUAUUGUGAGCUUUUUGGUAUUCUUUCGACUAUUACCAUUGAACCAUCAUUAGCACGAGGUCUUGAUUAUUAUACAGGAGCAAUUUUUGAAGUUACUUUGAAAGACUGUUCCGAAAAGAUACAAAUAGAAAAUGGCGAUUCCGAUAAAGAAACUCGAAGUACUAAUAUUGGAUCAGUUGCUGGUGGUGGUCGUUACGAUAAUUUAGUAUCAAUGUUUUUACCAAAACAUAAAGUACCUUGCGUAGGAAUUUCGCUCGGAAUUGAAAGGCUUUUUACGAUUAUGAAAGAAAAAUUAAAAAUGGAAGAUGUACGAUCAAAAGAUACACAAGUUCUUGUUGCUUCUGCGCAAAAGAAAUUAGUAAAAGAAAGGAUGAAAAUUUGCCGGUUGCUUUGGGAUAAUAAUAUUAAGGCUGAAAUGGCUUUGAAGGCAAAUCCGAAAAUGUUAGACCAAAUGCAAUAUUGUGAAGAGCAUAAAAUACCGCUAGCAAUAAUUGUUGGUGAGCGCGAGUUGGAAGAAGGCAUAUUAAAACUGAGAGAUGUACCUUCUCGUAUCGAACAGGAUAUUCCUCGAGACAGUUUGGUAGAAGAGUUGAACAGGCGGUUGAAACAUUUGCAAUAA